UCAGUCAAGGGUCGUCGUAAUCAUGAUUGAUUUCACCACUUUAAUCACAGAUAAUUAUGGGAUGUGCUGCUCAUUGCUGUGCUGCAUCAGGAGAUGGAUUGGGAGCAGUUUGACUUGAACCCUAAAACAAUUGCUGCACUGAAAAAAGCCGACAUAAAAUCAGUAAAAGAGAUUUUAAACCUCUCUGGAGCAGACUUGCAGAGAUUGAUGAAGCUCUCCAGUGCAGACAUCCAGUGCCUGCUGAAAACAGUCUCUCACACGCUGAGGAGGAACAGCAUGCUCACAGCACUUCAGCUCUACCAAGAUAAAGAUCAUUUCACCUCCCAGCACCAGAAGCUGAGCCUGGGGUGUUCAGUGCUAGACAACUUGUUAAAAGGUGGCAUUCCUUUAGUGGGAAUCACAGAGCUUGCUGGGGAAAGUUCUGCUGGGAAGACUCAGAUUAGUUUACAGCUGUGCCUGUGUGUGCAGUAUCCUUACAAGUAUGGUGGAUUAGAGUCUGGAGCUGUCUACAUUUGUACAGAAGAUGUGUUCCCAAGCAAACGUUUGCAGCAGCUCAUAGAUCAACAGCAUAAGCUGCGUGCAGAUGUUCCAGCUGACAUCAUACAGAAGAUCAGAUUUGGAGACAGUAUUUUUGUUGAGCGGGCAGCAGAUCUGGACACCUUCCAGCAGUGCAUCACGAGGAGGCUGGCCCUGCUGCUGGCUCGGGGCAUGGUGCGGCUCGUGGUCAUCGACUCCAUCGCCGCCCUGUUCCGCUGCGAGUUCGGCCCUGCCGAGUCUGCGCUGAAGGCUCGAUACUUGCAGACCUUUGGGGCACAGCUUCACAGCUUGAGCACUAGGUUCAGGACUCCCAUCCUGUGCGUUAACCAGGUGACAGAUGCAGUGAGUGAGUCAGAAGCUGCGCAGUGCAGUUGUAGGGUAGUGGGUGGCAGAGUCACUCCAGCACUUGGAAUAACCUGGUCCAACCAGCUUCUGAUGAGACUGAUGGUGAGCCGGACACCACUGCCCAGACCCUCACCUGGAGCAGCAUCACAGUGCACUGGAAGCACGAGGACUUUAAGCGUAGUGUUUGCUCCUCAUCUCCCUCCAUCCUUUUGCUACUAUGCAGUACAGUUGGAAGGUGUAAAAGGAAUAAAAUAA